AUGAAAUCUCUACCUAAACUAGAUAACAUUCUCAUUACACUUUAGAAGAAUAACCAAUAGAGUUAGGAUAUUGCAUUAUAUAAUUAAGAGGAAAGCCAUUAGCUCUAUAACACUUCAUUCAAUAAAUUUUACUCUCCUAAAGUUGACAGAGUGUUUUACAAAGUAGACUUAAACUCAUUAACUAAAUUCCGUAAUUCCAGUCAAUCUACUAAUGAUUCAAUUGAAGAAAAAAAGUUGAAUAGCAAUUCUGAUAUAACACAUUCUAGAAAAUCUACACUUAAAACCCCAUCAUCACUCACUAAUAUUUUUUUAAAUAGAAGAAGUAAAGAUUUAUCAUAGAGCUAAAUUUUAUUGAACAGCUGCGCAGGCUAAGGCGCAAAAAAAGUAUAGAAUUAACAACAAGUGCAGCUUGACUAAAUAGAUGAAUAAAAAAAAAUAAAUUUUAAGGAAUAUAUGGCUUAAUAGCAAAAAAAAAAGAUAUAAGCGAAAGAAGAUAAAAUAAGAUAGAAACUUCUAAAAAUGAAUACACCUUUUGACGAAACUACAGCAUUUCCUAAUAAAUUAUAUACUAAUUAAUAAUCUCAGCAAGUAAUUUUACCAUAAAUAGUCUCUCAAAAAAAUUAAAAUGAAACAGCUGGCUAAAAAAAAUUUAUUGAGAUUGAUUAAAAGUUACAAAAAUUUAAUACAAACUACAAAAAAAUAGGUAAAAUAGUUGAUUCAAAUUCUUAUUUCCAUCUAGAAAAUACAUUGGAAGUUGCCAUGCUAUCAGCCAUUGAAAAUAAUAACAUAAUUCCCAAAAGGAUGAAUAUAAUCAAAGACUCUUUAUGCUCUAUCGAAGAUUUUGAUUUGAAUAAAAAUAAUUAUAAAUAUGAAUUAGAUUUGUCAAAUUAAAAUAUUAAUGAAGGUCAAUCUAAAAUGGUUUAAUCAGUUCUCCAACAUCCUUCAGUUAGCAAAUUAAGAUUAUUGAGUUUGAAAAAUAGUAGCUUGACAGCUAGAUCCCUUGUAUAAAUUGCUACACAUUUACCUAUAUCAAUUUAAGAAAUUAAUCUAGAGUAAAAUCGUUUGGGAAGUCAUGAUUUAAGCUUUGCUCUUACACCUCUUUUAUAAUCAAGAAAUUAUCCUUUUCUGAAAUCAUUGAAUAUAGAGAACAAUAAAAUUGGUGAUUUAGGCUUUCACUCUAUUUUAAGCAGUCUGUAAAAAAGCUCUUUGUCAAUUCUAAAUAUAUCUAAUAAUAAUUUAACUGAUGCAAGUUCCGAAGGUAUUUCCUUGUUUCUAAGAGAAUCAUAAGAAAUUAAUGAGUUAUAUCUUCAUUGGAAUAAAUUCUCUUCUUAAGGUGGCAUCGCAAUAGCAAAAGGAUUGGAAAAAAACAUCAGUCUCCAAGUUCUUGAUAUGAGCUACAACGGUUUAGGAAAUCCCAAAGGAGUUAAAAGCGGACUUAAGAUAAUAAAAUCUUGCUCUCAUCAAUUUGGAUAAAUAAAGCAUUUAGAUUUAUCAUUUAACAUGUUAACUAAAGAAGAGACUGUUGAAAUAUCUAAUUUUUUGUCAAAAAGCAAUUUUUAAAUAGGUCUUCAUUAUUUAGGAAACUAAGGAGAUUGGAUAGUGGAUUCUAGAGGAUUUUUAGUUUAAAUAAACUCCGUAGAAAACGCAAGAGCUGAAUAACUUCACUAUAGCAAAUAAAGAAUUUAGGGUCUUAAAUGCGUUAAACAAAAAUAAAAACUAACUAGUGACAUCCUCAACACAGAUAUUUGCUGGAUUUGUGAUGGAUGGUAAGAGAUCAAAUUCGAAAUCACUGCAGAAUCAAGCAGCACUUUCGCAAAACACCCUGUCUUUUUACAUUUAGACUUUGAAAAUUAUAGACCUCACUAUAUGGAUCCUGAUCCUGAAAAUCCAAACAAAUUUAUAUUAAAAAGAAUGUGUCCACCUAAUAGGAGAAUUCAAUUUUUCUUUAGCGAUCCUACUUAAAAGGUGCUUUAUUACUCUCACGAUUAUCCCUCAAUGGGCUUUAUGAAGAAUUAAUUACUUGGAAUAUAGUUUUACAACAAGGAAUUGAACAAAUAAAAAUCAAUUUAUUCUUCUCCAUAAGUCUCAGCCAAUAAUAAAUAUGCUAAUUUUUUUUAAAAGAAAUUCUUUAAGUUGUAAUAUUUAGAUACCACUGUGAUUGAGUAUUAAGAACCAUUUUUAGUGAACUGGAUUGAGACUUCAAAUAAUAGUAAGCUUUUUACAAGCUAGUAUGAUGCUUUGUUUGAGUGCAAACCUCGUUGGCCUGAGACAUUCUUCAAAAUAAACUUCACCAACGAAUGGACUUUUGAAAAAUCCAUUUUUUCAACUUAUAUUAGAGAUUCUGACAAUAUAAUUAGUGAGUGCUUUGAAUUUGAUUGGGAAAACUCAAGACUUGAUAAGAUUUUGAGCUAAUAUUGUAUUAACUAAUAAAUGAAAGAUGAUUGCAAAGAAAUUCUUAAAAAAGAAUACAAUUUAAUACGUUGUGUAUAUAAGUAUUAUGCCUCUUUGGGUAUUGUUGGUGAUAUCCCAUGCAUCUCUUAAAACUAAUUUUCAAAUAUUGCUUUAAAGAUGAAGCUAACCGAUGGAAAAAAUUUCAAGAUUAGUGAUUUAGAUUAUAAUUUUAUCACUGUAAACUCAUCUAAAAAUAAAGAAAAGAAUUAUAGAAACCCUGAUAAAGCUAUGAUUCGUUUUGAGUUUUUAGAAGUAAUAGCAAGAAUCGCCAUAGACAAAUAUAUUAGAUCUGGUGCUUGCAAAAAUGCUCAGGAGAGUCUAUGUAAUUUCUUUAGCAACAAGCAAGUGAGAGAAAAAUUUGAAGAGAUCGAAGACCCUUAAGCAUGGAGAGAUACAAAGUAUUGGAUAGAAGAAUGCGAUAUAAUUAUUCAAAACAAUUUAGAAAUGAUUUAAGGUCUUUGGAAUAAAUGGGCAAACAGCAAGAAAUCUGAAAAAAGAGGAUUUUAAACUACUUAAACAAUGAGCAUAAACGAAUUCAUUGAUAUGGUAAAGAAUUAUAAUCUAUUAGAUGAUUUUUUGACUGAGAGAGAUAUUCUUUUGGCUUUCAACUUAGCUAUGAUGACUUAAGUUGAUGAGCUCAAUAAUGACCGCUUUAUCUAAAUGACAUUUGUAGAGUUCUUAGAAGCAAUAGCAAGAUUGGCUGAUAAAAAAUGCAUGCUUCCUUUAGGUACAGUAGAUGGAUCUUAUAAUUUAUAAGAAAGAUAGUAAGUCAGAUUAGAGUUCAAAUUAGAGUCUUUACUGGAUCUCAUUAAGCAAAGAAUCAUUCAAUAAAAUAAAGAUAAACAAAAAUAAAGUAUAAAUAUAAAAGAAAAAUAAUAAAAUGAAGAAUAAGAAAUAGUACACACUCCUCUAGUUCCUUCAGUUUAACUACAAAACAUAUAAUAAAAAUAAUUAGGAAUUAUUAAUUCAUCUAGAAAAAACUAAGAUUCUUUAAAAUAUAUAAAUUCUUCUUUACAAUUUUCUUAAGAAUCAAUAUCAAAUGAUUUUUGA